UUUUGUAUCUGUAGUCGCUGACUCAUAGAAUGUACUCCAAAGAAACUUUGUAUUUUUACAAUUUUUUAAUUAUUGUUGCUUGUUUCAUAAUAUUGAUUUUGCCAUAUAAUUUUUCCCUUUCACUUAAGUAAAUAUAUCCCUUCAUUUGUGACAAGCAUAUAGAAGUAUUGGUGUUUGUAAACAAGCAGUGAAAAUUAAUGAAAAUGAUAAACUUGUCUUAAUACAGAACUUUUCUUUAUUGUGAAGAAGUAUCGAUAAACAUGAGUAACAUUUACAUACAAGAACCACCCACUACGGGUAAGGUGAUGAUGAAAACAACAAUUGGUGAUAUUGAUUUAGAAUUAUGGACAAAAGAAGCUCCCAAAGCAUGUAGAAAUUUUAUACAAUUGUGUAUGGAGGGAUAUUAUGAUGAUACUAUUUUUCAUAGAAUUAUUAAAGGGUUUAUAGCACAAGGUGGUGAUCCAACGGGUACAGGUGAAGGAGGUGAAAGUAUAUAUGGACAGCCAUUUAAGGAUGAAUUUCAUACAAGAUUACGUUUCUGCCGGCGUGGUUUGCUUGCUAUGGCUGGUGCUGGCAAAGAUGAUAAUGGUUCUCAGUUCUUUUUUACUUUUGGUCCUACACCAGAAUUGCAGAAUAAGCAUACUAUCUUUGGCAAAGUUACUGGAGAAACUGUAUAUAAUAUGCUAAAACUUGAAGAAGCACUUGUGGAUGAAAAUGAUAGACCUCUUUAUCCUCCAAAAGUUAUAAAGACAGAAAUAUUAAACAAUCCAUUCUCUGAUAUUGUACCAAGAGUAACAACGACAAGUGAAGAAAUAAAAGAUAGUACAAGAAGUAAAAAAACAGGAGUGAAAAACUUUAAUCUUUUGUCUUUUGGAGAAGAAGCAGAAGAAGAUGAGGAAGAAUCUGUGACACUGAAUAAACAGUUGAGUGGUAAAAGCAAGUCAGCUCAUGACAAUUUAACUGAUCCAAAAUUAAGCACUCAAACAGCUGUUGAACCAGCUGGUCCUCCGAGUAAAAAAAAGAAAGAAGAUCGCAGUAGUGAUUGGGAAAGCGAUGACGAAGUAAAAACUACAGAAGAAUUAGAAACUAUAAAGAAGGAAAAAGAUGCAAUGAAGGAAAGAAUAAAAAGUAAAUUAACAACAAAGAAAGACCCCAAAAAAGUCGAAACUUAUAAAGUAGACGAUGUUGAAGAUGACAAAGAUGAAGAAGAAUAUUACCUUGGAAAAGAUAGAGAUCUAGAACGCAAAAGAAAGGCGGAGGAAAUAAGAAAAGAAAUUCGAGACUUGAAACGCGAUGUUAAAAACGAGAAGAAAGCUAAAGAAGCCGAUAAAAAGAUCCAACAGGAACAAGAAGAAAAGAAGGAGAAGAAAACGGAAGUUAUGAAAAAAUACAUCGAAACUCAAGAGAAGUAUAAGGAAGCAAAGUUACAAAUGCCUAAAAAGGGUAAAAGCCGUGAAGAUUUCACAAUGGCUCUAUUAAAUAAAUUUAAAUCUAAGCUUCAGAACGCUAAGGAAGUUGUAAAAGAAAAAUCACCAGGAUCGCCAAAAGCGGAAGAUGGUAACGAAGAAGAUUUUGAUCCAGCUGAUGAAUCUUGGAUGGUACAUACAUUACAAUGCGAAGAAAAAGUACCAAUUCUGGCUAAGGAUGCAAGUACAAAAGAUGAUGAUUGGUUUGAAAUUUAUGAUCCUCGAAAUCCACUUAACAAACGACGAAGAGGAGAAAAGUCAUCCAACUCGAGGGACGAUAGAAAUAGACGAAACGAUUCUCGUCGUAAAUAACAUUUAUUAUAAAUAAUACAAAAUUAUUUUAAUUUAUUGUACAGAAUUAUAUUUAAAAUUUAUGUAUGAUA